GGGCUAAGUGACCUUCAUCGCGCUAUCUCUUUUGUGACCUCUCCCUUUGUUUUCUGAAAAUAAUUUCGUUUGCUGAUCUUCCCCGUCUUCUUCCCUCAUCCUCUUUUCCCUCAAAUUCACCAGCUUUUCGCCCCUCUUCACGAUUUCGCUUUCGAUCAUUCUAGGGUUAGGGUUUCAAUUCCUUUUCUUCGAUCUUCGGCAAUCCCCGUUUUCUGUUUUCUACUUAGCUUAUUUAAUUUAUUUAAUUGGUGUGUGACCCGAGAAGCCUCCCGUCUUUGGGAAGGAGCACCAUGGGAGGUGACAGUGCCGUUGACGAUGCCACCGCCACCCAGUGCAAGGGCGGUGAUGGAGUGAAUAUCAACGUUCGAUGCUCCAAUGGUUCAAAAUUCUCGGUUCAGAUUAGCCUCGAAUCCACCGUCGGAUUGUUCAAGGAACUUGUCGCUCGGAAUUGCGAUAUCCCCGCCGAUCAACAGCGGCUGAUUUACAAGGGUCGGAUCUUAAAGGACGAUCAAAUUCUGCAAAGCUACGGUUUAGAGGCAGAUCACACUGUUCAUUUGGUUCGUGGCUUUGCCCCUGCUGCUGCAGCCAAUUCAGCUGGUGGGACCAACACCAGUGCUACAAAUACCACAACAAAUAAUGCAAGAGGUGCUGCUAAUGAAGGUGCGGGUGGGGGUCUUGGAGGCUCUGGUUUUGGGGAUUCACUGUUUCCUGGACUAGGCAUCAAUGGGCUUGGGGGAAGUGGCGUCAAUGGCUUGUUUGGAGCUGGCCUUCUGGAUCCUGAACAAAUGCAGCAAUCAUUUAUUUCUAAUCCCAAUAUGAUGAGAGAAAUGAUGAACACACCUGCUAUACAGAAUCUACUGAAUAAUCCUGAAAUAAUGCGGAGUUUUAUUAUGAGCAAUCCACAAUUACGAGAGCUUAUGGACCGAAAUCCUGAACUGGCACACAUACUCAAUGAUCCAGCCACUCUCCGUCAAACACUUGAAGCUACAAGAAACCCUGAGAUCAUGCGUGAAAUGAUGAGAAAUACAGACAGAGCAAUGAGCAAUAUUGAAUCUUCUCCUGAGGGAUUCAACAUGCUGAGACGCAUGUAUGAAAAUGUUCAAGAGCCAUUCUUAGAUGCCACAACAAUGGCUGGUAAUACUGGAAAUGACAACUCUAACCCAUUUGCUGCGCUUUUGGGCACUCAAGGUGGACAAGCCAGGGACCGAUCCACUAAUCCUUCAACUACCGGUGCUGAAGCUGCAGCUGGCUCUCCCUCCCCUAAUACUAACCCACUUCCUAAUCCUUGGACCUCUACUGGAUCUGGAGGUGCUCAAAAUAACACUGGAGGGACAACUGGUGGGGAAACUAGGCAGCAGGCUCCCGCUGGUUUAGGAGGAUUGGGGUUGCAGGAUUAUCAAGGUCUGCUAGGUGCUAUGCCUGAUCCCGCCUCAUUGACCCAGUUAAUGCAAAAUCCAGCUAUUUCACAAAUGAUGCAAAGUAUCCUUUCCAACCCACAGGCUAUGAACCAGAUUCUUGGUGUCAAUCCUGACCAACGUGGCUUACCAGAUCUAAAUUCUCAUCUUAGAGAAGUGAUGCAAAAUCCUGAGUUCCUUCGCUUGUUGUCUUCACCUGAGACAAUGCAGCAACUCUUGUCUUUUCAGCAAGCUCUUCUUUCACAGCUUGGUCGGUCACCGUCAACACAGGAAUCAGGUCAGACUGGCGGAGGCACUGGAACGAUGAAUAACUCGGGGUUGGAGAUGUUGAUGAACAUGUUUGGUGGACUGGGCGCUGGUAGCCUUGCUGUUCCAAACAGAUCAAAUGAGCCACCGGAGCAAAUGUAUGCCACCCAGUUGUCACAGCUUCAAGAGAUGGGCUUCUUUGAUACGCAAGAGAACAUUCGAGCGCUCAUCGCCACUCAAGGGAAUGUUCAUGCAGCAGUUGAACGGCUUCUGGGCAACUCUGGCCAGUAGUAGAUGACAACCCCUCUUGCAAAGGUCCAUCACGGGGAUGGCUGAGAUUUGGUCUCUUUUGAACUCAGUUGGGUAUAAAUAAAAUCUGAAAUCCCUUUUUUAAAAGAUUAUGAUUGCCAUAGCUGAGAUGUUGGUGUAGGAGGUUGUACUAUUGGACUGUGAUUUCUCCCUUUCCUUCAUUUGGAAUUUCGAUAGCCCUAUUUUUCUUCAUCUCCAUACUUAAAAAAGUAUUACAUUGUGUUAUAUCAUUUGUUUGUCAAAUUUGUCAAAUUUAUAUUUAACGUAUACAACCGCAGUGUAUGGAAACGUUUACCCUUUCAUUAUUCCUAUGCAA